AUGAUGCUACCCCAGUGGCUGCUGCUGCUCCUUCUCCCCUCCUUUCUCUUCGUCCUCACCAGGGGUUCACUUUCUUCAACAAACAAGCUUUUGGACCUCAAGGAGUUUUGCCAUCGGAAUCAGGAUUGCAAGUCUGGGUGCUGCCGCCAGGCUCCAAAAACCUGCGAGGCGCACUGCACGGAGAAAGGGUCCGAGGGCAGCUCGUGUCAAGUGCAGGCAUACUUUGGCCAAUAUAGAGAGUGUCCCUGCCAGUGGAACCUGACUUGUGUAUAUCCUAAGAAUGAGAAAUGGCUUCGUAUCACCUAUGGCUUUUGUCAGAAAACUGAAGAGAAGACAUUGGCCCACAGAAUGUUCUUCUAG